AUGUCAACUGCCAGGUGCAUCUUGACUGACCCGACGUCCUUUGCCAUGCACCGAACCGCAAUCACUCUCUAUCUAUCACACUGUGCCGGCCCAGGAUCGAGCAGUGCUAGUGACCCUAGAGACCGUGCUCUCAAGCGAUCGCAUCGAAGAUCCAUGGACGCCACCUUCCCCAUCUCAAGGACGUCCAUAAGUUCAAGCAAUGGCAGCAAUGUCGAAGCUGCCAGACGUGCGGCGCUCACCAGCACCAGAUACGGCUCUGGAACACUCGGCACAGCUGUCUGGUCACUGAAGCACGUCGGAGUCCAAGAACGGCAGAUUGGCCACCACUCACUCACUCACGCUCUCCAUACAGUGCCAGGCUACACCGACCAUGUCAUGCAAGAGCUCUACAAGGCCCUAGAGCAAGAGGCGAAAGAUAACAACGGUGGCCAGUGGAUUGCAAUCCAGACCGAUCAUUGCAAGUGGUGUAAGGCCACUUUGAAGGAAGGCUGGAGAGCAUUCUUCGCAAAGUACAACUUGGAGCUGCCGGACUCUUAUCGGAUUGGGCCUCAAGGAGAGCUGCUGGUCACUCUCCAGCGUACAGAUUCCCAAGGCCAGCCUACCCCGACCAAACGCAAGAGGCAGACCCCCGCCACCACCACCACCACCCCUGCAGGACCAUCAGUCCUGCAGGAGAUCGACACGGAGCUCCUGGAUCGAAUCCGUCAACAGCAACAAGCACCCGUCAACCAGAACGAGGACGACAAUUCCGAUGAAACCAGCUCCCAGCAAGACAGAGACAGACAAGAGCAGCGAAGAAGCCCGGCCUUUGAACGAAGAUCAGGCCAGUAUGACUCUUUCGAGGCUUCUGCUCGUCAGAGACAGCAAGAGAAGAAUGACAUGAGACGGGCUCGACAUGAGCUUCAUGUACAGCAGGUUGAACUGCAAAGCAAGUACUGA